AUGAGCGGCGAUCCACUGCACAACGACUCCCAGGUCGAUGCAGAUUCCCGAGUGAAUGAUUCUCACAAACACAAAGAUGAACGCAAAGAUCGAGAGCACCAACGAAAAGAGCACAAGGACAAGGAAAAAGAACGGGAAAGGUCCAAACACAGCGAGAGUGAGCUCAAAGAUUCCUCCCAGAAGAAACAAAGAGAAAAGGAGAAAACCAGACCCAAAGAUGGCAGUUCAGAAAAACACAAAGAUAGAGACAAGGAGAAACAAAAGGAAGAAAAAGGGAAAGGCACCGGAGAUGCAAAAAUAAAAGAGAAAGAAAAUGGUUUCUCUAAGCCCCGGCCUAUUAAAGAUGAACCACAUGAGGAUGGUUAUUUUGCUUCACCUAAAGGAAAUACCAAACCUUUAAAGAGACCUCGAGAGGAUGAUGAUGCUGAUCAUAAGCCCAAGAAAAUAAGAACAGAAGAUAUCAAGAAGGUAAACAAGCAGAAACCAGAGGGAGGGGAGGACAGCAAAGCAAAAAUAAUUGAGAACAAAGUUAAGAAACUGCCUAAACGAGAUAACAAAUGGAAGAAGCUAAAGAAGAAGGAGCAGCAAAAAUGGAAAUGGUGGGAAGAAGAGCGCUAUCCUGAGGGCAUCAAGUGGAAAUUCCUAGAACAUAAAGGCCCUGUGUUUGCACCACCUUAUGAGCCUCUGCCAAAAAAUGUCAAGUUCUACUAUGGUGGUAAAGUCAUGAAGUUGAGUCCCAAAGCAGAAGAAACAGCUACAUUCUUUGCAAAAAUGCUUGACCAUGAAUACACUACUAAGAAUAUAUUUAGGAAAAAUUUCUUCAAGGAUUGGAGAAAGGAAAUGACAAAUAAAGAGAGAAAUAAUAUCACUAGUCUUAACAAAUGUGACUUCAACCAGAUAAGCCAGUACUUCACAGCCCAAUCAGAAGCAAGGAAGCAAAUGAGCAAGGAAGAGAAACUGAAAAUCAAAGAAGAAAAUGAAAAGCUAUCGCAAGAAUAUGGUUUCUGCGUGAUGGAUAAUCACAUAGAGAGAAUUGCCAACUUCAGGAUUGAACCUCCAGGUCUUUUCCAGGGCCGUGGCAACCAUCCCAAGAUGGGAAUGUUGAAAAGACGGAUUAUGCCUGAAGAUAUAAUUAUCAACUGUAGCAAAGAUGCCAAGGUUCCUCCUCCUCCCCCUGGACAUAAAUGGAAAGAAGUUCGACAUGAUAACAAAGUUACCUGGCUAGUGUCCUGGACUGAGAAUAUCCAAGGAUCCAUCAAGUACAUUAUGCUGAACCCCAGCUCCCGAAUCAAGGGGGAGAAGGACUGGCAGAAGUAUGAGACAGCCCGCAGAUUGAAGAAUUGUGUAGACAAGAUCCGGAACCAAUACCGAAAAGACUGGAAGUCCAAGGAAAUGAAAGUCCGACAGAGGGCUGUAGCAUUAUACUUCAUUGACAAGCUUGCUCUGAGAGCUGGUAAUGAGAAGGAAGAAGGGGAGACAGCUGAUACUGUGGGCUGCUGUUCCCUUCGAAUAGAGCACAUUAACUUACAUCCUGAGAUGGAUGGCCAAAAAUACAUGGUUGAGUUUGAUUUCCCUGGGAAGGAUUCCAUCCGAUACUACAACAAGAUCCCUGUUGAGAAGAGGGUUUUUGAGAACCUUCAGCUUUUUAUGGAGAACAAGAAUCCUGAGGAUGAUCUUUUUGACAGAUUAAAUGCCAGUAUCCUCAACAAACACCUUCAAGAUCUCAUGGAGGGCUUGACAGCCAAAGUCUUCCGUACCUAUAAUGCCUCCAUCACACUACAGCAGCAGCUAAAGGAGUUCACUGCCCUGGAUGAAAAUAUCCGAGCAAAGAUCUUUUCUUAUAAAUGUGCCAACAGAGCUGUUGCGAUUCUGUGUAACCAUCAGAGGGCACCACCAAAGACUUUUGAGAAGGCUAUGCUGAAUCUGCAGACUAAGAUUAAUGCCAAGAAGGACCAGUUAGCUGAUGCCCAAAGAGAUCUGAAAAGUGCCAAAGCUGAGGCCAAGGUCCGAAAGGAUGUCAAAUCUAAAAAGGUGGAAGAGACUAAGAAGCAAGCUGUGCAGAGACUGGAGGAGCAGUUGAUGAAACUGGAGGUUCAGGCCACAGACAGAGAGGAGAACAAACAGAUUCACUUGGGAACCUCCAAACUCAACUAUUUAGAUCCCAGGAUCUCAGUUGCUUGGUGUAAGAAGUGGGGGAUCCCGAUUGAGAAAAUCUAUAACAAAAUGCAGCGAGAGAAGUUUGCCUGGGCCAUUGAUAUGGCCGAUGAAGACUAUGAAUUUUAG